CCAUGAUCUUCUGUCUCAGGUGAGCUACUCUGGUAUUCAACAUGUCUUGGUACCCAAUCUUGGAGUGUGUGUCAUUUGUGGAAGAUGACUUCACCUCUGUGAUCUGACAUCCUGGCUCCACCUGCUGUUAACAAGGGAAAGUCAUUUUCACUUUUUUUCAUUUUCUGGUUUUUACCUAAUUGCAUAAAUGAUUAUAUAAUGUAUCCUUUUUUAUAUAAAUACAAAUCAUAUAAAUUUCAAUUUAAUAUUACUUAGCUUAAAAGCAAAAACAAACAAAAAAGUGUUCAUAACAAGUCAUUUGAAUAAUACCUUGGUAUGUAAUAAAUGGUACAGUGUGUAUUGCCUCUGUAUGUCCACAUUAUUACAUCACUGUUGAAUAGUGCACAGUGCUUCCUGAAGUAGUUUAUAAGAGGAGAAUAGAUACAUUAAAACAUAAUAGUAAUAGUAAGGCUAUGCACACAUUUCAUACAAAAUAAAGACUUACUCAAAGAUGACCAAGAAAGGGGAUGUCCUAGUGAUCAUUAAAAAAAAUCUUGUCUGAAGAGCUAUAUAAUCCAGUAAAAAAGCAUUUCCACCCAUAUACACACAACUGACAUCAAUGAGGGAUGGAUGAUCUUGUAACUGGUCUGGUAUUGGCUGUGUGUUUGUUUCACCUGAACACAGCCUUGGCUGUGUGUCUAGAUGAUCUGAGUCAAAGGACUAUGCUUACAGGCGCCAAGGUUGGUACUGUGGAAUCAUCUGUGAAUUGCAAGCUGCAGGGUAGCACACGUCCACCUGCAUUCUCAAAGGAUGGGGACUUCAUUAUUGGCGGCGCUUUCUCCCUUCACUCUUACACGCAGACAGCUUACAAUAACUAUACCAACAUGCCUGCACCUGUGAAAUGCAAAGGAAGCAUUGACACUGUUGAGCUGCAAUCCACAAGUUCGAUGGUCUUUGCCAUAGAAGAGAUUAACAACAGCACAGACCUGCUGCCUGGAAUCGAGCUUGGUUAUCGGAUCUAUGAUUCAUGUGCAUCAGUACCUGUGGCUGUGCAUGUGGCAUUUCAGUUUUUAAAUAGAUUGGAGGCUCAGUUUAACACUGGUAAAAACUGCUCUCAGUCUGGUAUGGUGAUGGCUGUUGUUGGUGACUCUGGGUCUACGCCAUCCAUCACCAUGUCACAACUUAUUAGUGCUUUUAACAUUGCUCAGGUGAGCCACUUUGCCACAUGUGCAUGCUUGUCUAACAAGCAGCAGUACCCAAAUUUCUUCAGAACAAUCCCCAGUGACCAGUUUCAAGCUGAAGCACUAGCCAAGCUGGUGAAACACUUUGGCUGGACUUGGAUAGGUGCUGUUCGGUCAGAUUCGGAUUAUGGAAAUAAUGGCAUGGCAUCUUUUCUCCAAGCAGCACAGAAAGAGGGGAUCUGUGUGGAAUACUCUGUAUCUUUCUAUCGGACAAACCCACAGAGCAGAAUUCAGAGAGUAGCAGAUGUUAUCCGCAGGUCUACAGCUGUAGUUGUUGUGGCAUUUGCAUCUUUUGGAGACAUGAAGAUCCUGUUGGAGGAGCUAUCACGUGAGCCUUUCCCACCUCGCCAGUGGAUAGGCAGUGAAUCAUGGGUAACAAGCACAGAAUUAACACAGUACAGUUUCUGUGCUGGGGCCAUUGGAUUUGGGAUUCAAAAGUCUGAAAUCCCAGGUCUCAGAGACUUCCUGUUGAAUCUCUCUCCUACUCAAGUGUCUGCCUCUCCAGUGCUUACUGAAUUCUGGGAGGAUGCAUUCAACUGCAGCCUGAAAAAAACUCCUGUCACAGAGAAGAAAGUGUGUGAUGGAAAUGAAGACAUACAGAAUCUCCAAAGCGAGUACACUGACACAUCACAGCUCAGAAUUGCUAACAUGGUGUACAAGGCUGUGUAUGCAAUAGCACAUGCCAUUCAUAAUGCAGUGUGUCAAAAAACAAAUGCCAUAGCAAAAUGUGACAAACUAAUCAAGUUAAAGUCCAAUCGGGUUUUAACUGAACUGAAGAAAGUAAAUUUUUCCCAAAAUGGAUAUGAUGUGUCAUUUAAUGCUAAUGGGGAUCCUGUGGCUAUUUAUGACUUGGUAAACUGGCAGAAAAGUGGGAGUGGCAUCAUUGAGAUAGUAACUGUAGGGCUGUAUGAUGCAUCACUACGAGUCGGCCACGAGUUUAAGAUUAACAGAAACAUAACCUGGAUGGAGAAUAGCAGAAAAGUGCCAGUGUCAGUCUGUACUAAGAGUUGUCCUCCAGGAACUCGUAAAAUGCUGCAAAAAGGAAAACCUAUCUGCUGCUAUGACUGUAUAGCAUGUCCUGAAGGAGAGAUCAGUAAUAUAACAGAUUCAGCUGACUGUUUACCCUGCCACAAAGAGUUCUGGCCUAAUGCAAAGAGAGACACUUGUAUACCUAAAACUGUAGAGUUUCUUUCAUUUCAAGACAUCCUAGGAAUUAUCCUGGCUACACUCUCAAUUCUGGGUGCCUUACUGGGCAUUAUAACCGCGGCUGUAUUCUUUUAUCACAGGACAUCUCCAAUUGUCCGAGCCAACAACUCUGAGCUGAGCUUCCUGCUGCUCAUCUCACUGACUCUGUGUUUCUUAUGUUCAUUAACUUUCAUUGGAGCACCAUCUGAGUGGUCCUGCAUGCUGCGUCACACUGCGUUUGGCAUCACCUUUGUGCUCUGUAUCUCCUGUGUACUUGGGAAAACUAUAGUGGUUUUAAUGGCUUUUAAAGCGACACUUCCAGGUAGUAAUGUGAUGAAAUGGUUUGGUCCUCCACAACAAAGAAUGACUGUUGUGUCUUUCACCUUUAUUCAAGUUUUAAUAUGUUCUUUUUGGUUAGUAUUCAGCCCUCCCUUUCCAAUAAAAAAUCUAACAACAUACAAGGAGAAAAUCAUAUUGGAAUGUGAUUUAGGCUCUGCUGUAGGCUUCUGGGCUGUGCUCGGCUAUAUAGGUCUACUUGCUGCCUUUUGCUUUGUUUUAGCUGUCUUAGCCCGCAAAUUACCUGAUAAUUUCAAUGAAGCCAAGCUUAUCACUUUCAGCAUGCUGAUAUUCUGUGCAGUGUGGAUCACCUUUAUCCCAGCAUAUGUCAGCUCUCCUGGGAAAUUUACAGUGGUUGUGGAGAUUUUUGCCAUUCUGGCCUCCAGCUUUGGCCUAAUAAUAUUUAUAUUUGCUCCAAAGUGUUUUAUCAUAUUGUUUAAGCCUGAGAAGAACACCAAGAAAUAUUUAAUGAACAAAAAUCAGUCAUAGUAUGUUAAUAAUCUGAAAAGGUUAAUCUUCCAAUCGCAAAUUGAAAUUGUACACCAUCAAAGUUCUUCAUUCUUUAGUUAAAUGAAAUAUUUACUAGUUUUUUCUUAAAUAAGUUCAUAUUCAU